CUUCCGGGUUGUCUUUGGUGUAGUACUCAUAAAAGCCGUAGGGUAGCGCUGUAGGUAACCAGCAGCACCUGGAAUCGUCUCUUAUUUGGUCUCGUUGACCAGAGACAGCGGAAGCGUUGUUUUACUCGCACGCUUAAAUCGUGAACUUUAACGAUAUGUAUGUAUGUAUGCAUGUAAUGUCAUGAUGUACAGCUACUGUUUGUAUGUUGCUGAAUCAAGGAACUACAUUUGAGUCGUGACACUUUUAGGCUCCAAAAUAAUAUAUUGACUGAAGCUAUUUUUACCAUCCAACAUGAUCAUGGAUCAAGACUGGGCCAUUCUUCAGGGAUCUUUCCUCUUGGCUGACAAAUUGUGUCUUCCUUCAUCCCUGAGCUCCCUUCAGAAAUGUGACUGGCAAAAGGUCGGAAACCCAGUCCUGGCCGCUGUGGGGGAAAUCUGUGGCGAGGGAAAUCAUCUCAAAAGCAAGGCUGCCUCCUGGAGGAAAAAGUUAGUUUGUGUCGUGUGGUUGAAGUUGCUGAGUAAGGAGCAUGGUGAAGACAUGGAGGAGGCAUGGAGGGAGAGCCCCUUCUUCCCUCUACAGAACCCCCUCCCAGAGGUCAACUACACUGUUCUGGUAGAACUGCUCAAAUCCUUGUCAGCUGCAGACACAUUUGCUCAUUUUCUGCUGUGUCUUCCACGGCAUCAGCUGUGUUCUGAGCUGGACCAGUUCUCUGAACAUAUGAAGAGCAACCCUGUGGGUGAAGAUGAUGUCCACUUCUUUCUUGAGUUGUGGUGGCAACUGUGGAGCAGAGAAGAUCAGUUGGCUGAGGGACAGGAUAGUAUUGAAGUGUUGUUUGCUCGCCGAGUUGCUCAUCUUACUUCUCAACCUGCUAGUUUGACUCAUCACACUGCUAAGAGGAUGAAACUGGACUCAACAGCGUCACCAAACAACACUGACGUCCUAGACAUUCUCCUUCACCUGCUAACGGAUGUGAAAGAUGCCAUAUCUAAACCAGAGCACUGUGCUCAUGCGCUCUCCAAUUGUCUUGAUUCUCUUUACACGACUUUCCUCACGGACCAAUCAGUCAUCCUUCCAAUCAAAGAUAAGCUGCUCUUCCUGUCCAAAGCCAUGAGCAUCAGAGAGAAGAACAAUGACAAGUUGACUUCGGAGCUUUUACAGGAGGCACAGCGAGACCUCAGAGCAUCUUACACCCCGUCUAAAUUUCAGCCAAGCAGAUUAAGCCUUUUUGAAGCCCUCAAGAGUGCGUCAGAACUCACCCAGUCCUGGCAAAACCAUGACUUGCUGAAAGCGUGUUGCAGCUCUCCUGCCAGCUACACAGCUUUCAAACUCCAGCAAAGUGUCCACAGAAUGCUUGCGGCUCUAGAAAAAGCUGACAUGACAGGAGAAGAAGAGGUUGAGAAGAAUAAACUCGGAGGAUUGCUGGCAUCACUAACUUUCCCCGUUAUUGAGACUUCCUCUGAGGUUAGUAUGAGAGUUGCCAUGACCAUCAUCAGUCAUCGUCUGGAGGACUACCACGACGUCACCGUGUUGUUUGCUAGUGAGACCAGCUGGCUGGCCUGUGAUGAGCAGCAAUGGCUGGAGUGCCUUGAAAAGAACCAAAGAGCAUUCCAGAAGUGCAACACAGUCAUUCAACUGGCUUCCACCCUCUCGAGUCGACUCCAAACUGAGAACUUUGAUGUGAGCUGGAGCAAGAGGCUGCUCAAAGUUGUCACGGCCGUGUUCACCGCGCUCUCCUUGGAAGACAAGAAUAAAGCUUUGGCAGCCAUUCUGAAAUCAUCCAGCAAGGGUUUCUUUGGAACCUCAGGCGGCUCCGCUCUGAUUGCCAGCUUUGAACGGGAGCUCAACAUGGCUUUCAACUGCAUCAUCCAGGGAGGAGGCGGAGCUUCAACGGCGGAGGGCAACCUCAGCACAGCCGUGUCUUUAGUGGCCAGGGUGGCCUUUCAGAACCCCGAGGCAACAUUGAGAUCCUGUUGCCAUUCUGCCAUCUCCAAUAAAGGGGCCUUCUCCCUCGUGAGUAAGAUCUUGAAGCAGUUGCCCGGCCUUGGAGGUUUGACGCAAUGCAAAGAGGAAAGCGAAGGGAGAAGAAAUCCCACACAUCUACUCUGCAGGUGCCUGCAGGAAGUAACAAGCGCCAGGUCACUCUCAGAGAAUGAAAAGGAACAGUUCCACAAGUUUGUGGCUCUCUUAAUGGUAGCUACAGGUGAAGGCGAAAAAGAGACCCUUCUGUCACCUCAGGAGCUUGUCAACGUCUUCGUCUUGCCUAAUUUAGCUUGCUCAGGCAAUGGCACUGUUGAUUUGAAACUCAGUCUUCAACUUCUCCACGCUGCCUUGUGUGUGGAUACCCAGGAAGUAGCCUCUUCCUCAGCCCACUGGGUGUUGGAAUGCUCACCCUUUCCUUUGCUUUUCAUCCUGGCUCAGCUGCAGGACCAGGCUCUCAGGUGUUGGGAGAAACCACUUGGGAGCGCUGUCCACCGUUGGUCCAUGGAAACCAGCGAGCUACUGACCUCGGUGCUGAUCACACUGGCACAGGUGGUUGGCGCCCAGGUGGAAGCUACCCCAAGUCGCUGGUCCAGAGCUCUGUUCUGGCUCCAUGAUAAAAUGAAAGGACUGGACUGGACGGUUUACUUCUACCUGAAACCCGUGUGGGGUGUGCAUUUCAAAAACGAAGUUCCCUCCUCUCUGUUGGCUGUUUGUGAUCUUCCUGAACAGGAGUGGUCGGCUCUGAACCUGCCCCAGUACGGACACGGCACCGGUCUUUUGGCAUGGAUGGAGUGCUGCGCAUUGUCAGAUUCCCUUCAGUCCACCAUGUUGUCUCGUCUGGAUCUGGACCAGCGCCGGUCGGAACACGUCAGCAUGUUCAGUAAGGGCCUGCUGGUGGCGCUGACCCAGACCAUGCCCUGGUGCUCCGUUCCCCAAUGGAGCAGAUUACUUGGCACCUUGAAAGAGCUGAUCACCUCAGGUCGCCUCCAUGUGCCCUUCUCACUGGAGUACGUGGAAUUCCUCCCUCUCCUGGAUUUGAGGCAGUUUUCCUAUGAACUCUGCCUCUCGGUCCUUAUGCUUCGAGUGCUACAGCUGCUCUGUGGAUCCAGCUGUUCUCAUUGGCUGUCAGGAGAUGGCUGGGCUCAUGUGGCUAGAUUAUAUGCACACACGAUGAGGGAGGUGAUGAACUCGCUGAAAGCCAAAUUAGCCCUACCCGCAUCCGGCGCUCUGACAGGCUCGACUCAAGUACAUGCUGCACAACUCAAAGUCUCAGAAGUAUCCAGUACCCCGGUCAAAACUCCUAAAAUGCCCCAAGACUGUUUGGAAGAUUUAAGUGAAAGUGCACAGACUCUUGGGCAAGUGCCCAGUCAGGAAGUCCUUUUCGUUCUCAGUCAGAUCUUCUGUCAUGUUCAACACAUCCAGGUGAUGAUGCCAGGAGGCCAGAGUGAACCUCUCUUCCUGUCCAGCCUGGAGAUCCUCAGUCAUUACCAGGCCAUUGCAGGCGCUUUCCCUGAGAGCAGCAGCCCACUGGAGAAUGAGAACAUCAAGCACUUCUUCAACACCAUCACAGACAACCUGGAGAACCAGGAGAUGAAGUCUGUUCUACAGCAGAAGAUAGCUCAACUUGCCUGACCUUGCCUUUUUUAUUUUAUUUGGGGUGAAUUAAGAGCAAAUUGGUCACCUUUUUGCGAGUCAUUUGUUAGUAUCACCAUUUGUUUCAAAAGAAAGUCUAAAAAAAAGCAUGAUAAAAAAAAUACAAAGGUCACAUAUGACAGGAAUUCCAUCACCAUUGCAUGCUUUUUUAUUUAAAUGCAACAAUUCUACAGCCAUUGAGCCAAGGCACCCAUUCUGUUGAAUAGAUGGCAAGAGGUAAAUACACCAGUGUAUUGUACCAGCUGCCAGCAUUUCAAGUCCCUGCAAAUUCAGAGAUUUGUUUCUCAAUACAUUAUAUAGUUUAUUAAUGCCUGAAAAUAUAAUUAAUUAUUUUACCAUUUAAAGCCCUGCGAUGAAUGACUCGAGCGUAUGUCGAGGACACGUGGAUACAUUCCUUUCACUCAAAAGCCCCAAUACAUCGCUGAGUUUUUUUGUUAAAGCAGGUGCUCUGAUUUGGGUUAGUCUUUCUUAUGUCGGAACACUCGCUGGGCUUUCUUGAGCUGGAGGUAAAACCAGUACAACUGAGGCAAAAGGACGGCCACGUUGCCGACGUUACAGUGCCAAGGCAGGUGAGAGGGCACUUUGUGCAGCGGGAUGCCAAAAUCAUGUCCGUACUUCCAGUACAUGUAGGGGAAGAUCAGGAUCCGACAAAGGAUGAACGUGAUGAGGACUAAGAUGCUGUUGAGUUUGUGCAGCCUGCUGUUCUCGAGGCCCACCUGGAAAUAAGACGGGAGGGGUUUAUGUUAACAACCUGCCAAAUCAACUUUUUGUUUGACGUGCUGUAACAAGCCCUCAUGAUGUCAGUGUACCUGGACGAUGAUCUUCGAAAUGGCGACAAAAGCAACACUGAGUUCCGUGAUGAAUAAGCAUCCGAUGAAGAAAUCACCCAAACCUCUCCUGUAGAACUGAAAAACAAAGUUUUCUAAAUCUGAAUAUGGUAAAAGUGGCAUGAGUGUUCAAAACCGACAUGUUUGAGUACACAAAAUUCUUACCAUGGCAAUGGGGAGAAAAAUACCAAGCACUGCCAGGUGAUGAAGCACCGUCAACCAAUAUUGGGAGACAAAAGCCUUCAGGGUCAUCAGCGAGUGCUUGUUGUACUUGCUGUUCCCUCUGAGCCUGUGUGUAUGGAAGUGGCUCAUAUACGAGGCAUAGAGGUCGAUGGCUGAAUAGGGAUAGCCAAACGCUAUAAACCCGUUCAGCGCCCAGUGACUACGGAUGGCCAGAGGAAUUUGUAAGCAUGGGUUAAAGGUCACAUUGGUACUGUAAAGUCACAUCUCGACAUUACCUGUCUGUCAUGACAUGUUUGCAUGAUGUCACGGUGAUGACUCCUGAGGCAGUAGCCAAGGAAGCGUGGAUAGCAUCAAGGAGCCUGAAAACAGCAGCAAUGAUCACAAAAUGCCCUGUUUGUUUAUUUGCUGAACAAUCCAUAAUAUACAAAUCAGUAGCAAGCAACUUUUAAAUGGCAAAGGCUGCAUAUUUAAAAUCUGAAUAUAUUAUAUUUGCAUAUAUUUACACUUUCUGUGUAAGUUAACUCAGUACUUUACUUGUCAGUAUGUCUGCCAGCUAUUAGUUUAUGGAUAAUCACAAUGGCUCACCUAACUGGUAAGGGAGCAACCUUUGUUUGGGCAUGUUUGCUUCAAGAAAUGUCAGUCGCAGACUAUCACGAGCAAUCGCCAUGCAUUAAAACAAAUUAAGGCCCAUGUUUUUUCUCGUGUGUGUGUAGAAUUCACUGGCGUAAGAAAAUUUUAAAUGCGUUGAGGUGACACGAAUGAACUGACCUUUCGCUGACUAUCAAAACAUCCGCGUCGGUCCAGCGAGGGAAAGUCCACCUGAACACUUUUCUGAAGCCAACGUAAAGUCCAGCAAAUGUCAAAGUUCCACAAACCAACGUUUUAAGCAUGAUGAUCGGUGGCGUCGCCCUUACAACACGAACAUGUGAAAAA